ACGGUGAAAACAGAAAAAAAGUUGUGAAAAAUUUUGAAUAAAGCAACAAGCAGCUGCUAAAAUAUAAAGAAAAAGUGUGUUUGUAACAAAUCUGGUAGAGAAGGGCUUAACGCGCUUGGAUUAAGGCAGCCGAACAGCGUAAAAAUUAAGACAACCCACGCCGCCUGAAAAUGCUUUACACAGCACAAAUUAACAGCAACUUCAAGUAAUUGUGAUCACGCUGCGUUUACAACAAAUGCCACAAGCUAGCCGCAACAACAGAGUUGAGCACUAGCAUACACGCUGCUCGAGCAGCAGUAGACAGCAAGAUUUUACGUGCGAGACACAGUGCGCGCAUUUUAAUUAACAUAAACCUGACAUAAACACCCCGAAAACGCGGCGACCUGAUGACUAUGGCAGAAGGCACCGACCCCAUGGGGCAUCAGGCGGGCUCCCAUCACAGCCACCACAAUCAGCACAGCCACCAGCACCAGCAUCAGCAUCCGCAUCAUCAACAUCCGCACCAGCAGCAGCUGCAUCAGCGCCAACCAACGUCACAUCCUCAUUAUGCGCCUUAUGCUGCCGCUGCUGCUGCCGCCGCCGCUGCGGCACAUAUGCAACAGUAUCCGUUGCCGCAACAUUUGCCAUUGGCGCUUAGCUUGCAACAUCAGGCUGCUGCUGCGGCGGCUGCGGCCGCGGUGGCCGCUGAGCAGGUGAACAACAAUCAGCCUUUCGUGGCCAACAACAAUGUGCCGUGGAAGCAGCGCAAGCGGAAACGCUUGUCGGCCGUGUUGGAUAAAUUGCAUAAUCACAACAAUAACAACAAUAAUAACAACAACAGCAGUAGUGGUGGCAGCAUGCAUAAUGAUGGUGGCGGUGGCGGUGGCGGCGGUAAUAAUAAUAACAACAACAAUGUUGGUGAACACGGCAAUCACAAUCACAGUCAUGCGGAGCCGAUGGACGGCGAUGAGGAUGUCGAGAACGAGGCUAAUUAUAAGCACAACAACAAUAACAGCGGUGGCAACAAUAAUGUGUGCGCGAAACGUCAGAACUGCGGCAACGAUAGCGGGAAAGCGUUAACGUGUAAUAAGCGCACCAUCAGUGAAGUUAGCGGUGAUGAGGCUGAGGCCGAGGCUGAGACGGAAGCCGAUGUCGAUGCGGUGUCUGAGGAUUUAUCACUUGAAAACGAUAGUCCACGCAUCAGCAUGAGCCCACUACAGUUGGUCUCGACACAUGACAGUCCAUCCGGUGGUGGUGCGUCACAACAUCCCGCUGUCGCCGCCGCUACAACGACACCCAGCGACAAUCCGCUGCAUGUCGACAUCAAGACUGAGCACAUGCAUAAUCCUUAUGAUCGUUACUUUCCUAUACCGUCGCCACUCUUUGGCUACUACUUACAUACCAAGUAUUUGAAUGAAGUGUUUCGCCGACGGCAGGAUCUCUACACAUCACCAAUGCAGCAUACACCGUCGUCGAUCGCUUCAUCGAUUGCUGAUGAGACCUCACCGACAAGCUUGCCAAAUGCCGGCGCUCAUCUCGAUCAUCCGCCGCCGCCAUUUCCACCAACCUCCACAGCUACGGCACGUGUUGCAGUCGGCGGUCCGGGGCGUUCACCACCGCCAGCCGUCACCGUCGCACUACCCUCACCACCACGUAGCGACUCGUCAAUCACUGCUGCCGCCACAGCCAAUACACGUUGCAGCCCUUCGCCGGCUACGCAAGCCAACACUUCGGAUCCGGCCAUAAUGCCGCCACCACAAGAGCGUCCAUUGGAUUUGUCUGUACGCAGCGGUGGCAAUACGCCCACCUAUGAGCUGAUGGGUGGCAAAAAGUACAAAUCGCCUUCACCUUUGCCGGCGACCACAUUGAUGUUGCCACCAGCCCAGCAACCUGUUUCGGCUACGGUUAGUGCCGCUUCCAUGUCGCCAAGCCAAAACGCGGUGAAAACGAGCACAGCCAAUAACAGUAACCAUAGCGCCAAUCAUGCACCGUUAGCCAGUUCUCCAGCACCUGUUUCGCCGUACGCUGCCGCUGCUGCUGCGGCACAUGCUGCUGCCGCCGCAGCCGCUGCUAUGAUUAAGCUCGAAAUGCCAAUGCAUCCAUUGCAUCCGCACGCACCCACCACCACGGUGGGCGUGCCGGUGAUCAAGGGUGAUGUCGCAUCGCCCACCACCAAGGAAUCGGUCGCAUGGCGUUACAAUCUCGACGUCUCUCCCGUGGUGGAGGAGAUGCCACCCGGCUCGGAUGUGGCUUACGUUUGUCCCGUGUGUGGUCAGAUGUUCUCGCUGCACGAUCGCCUAGCCAAACAUAUGGCAUCGCGCCACAAAUCGCGUAAUCCUGCCAAUGAUAUCACCAAAGCCUACUCGUGCGAGGUAUGUGCGCGCUCCUUCGCACGCUCCGACAUGCUGACACGUCACAUGCGUCUACAUACCGGUGUCAAACCGUACACAUGCAAAGUGUGCGGUCAAGUCUUCUCACGUUCCGAUCAUCUGUCUACGCAUCAGCGCACACACACCGGCGAGAAACCGUACAAGUGUCCACAAUGUCCGUAUGCCGCGUGUCGUCGGGACAUGAUUACACGCCACAUGCGUACACACACGCGUUACGAGACACAACAGCGUGGCGGCGGUGGUGGCGCAGCUGGCGGUGGUGGUGAGUUGGGUGGCCCCUCCAAGUCACCGCUGCCGCUACUCGCCGACGUGAAGAUGAACUUACCAAUGCUGUUGAAGAGCGAGGAGUUGGCGGGUAAAUCACCAAUGCAUAGCGGUAUCGGCGGUUCCAUGCCGAUCGUGGUGAAGACAGAGAGCGCUUAGUGGCGGCUGCGACGCGCAUACAGAGGCUGCAAGACGUAGAAGCGCGCGUGUUGGCUCUCCCAUGGAGGGCUAUUUCGUGGAGUCGUAACAGAAAGACACUUGUAUGAAACAAAGGCAGAUGUAAACGUAAGAUAUGAAAUGACAAACUAUAUAGUUUAAGCGUAGAGAGUAGCUAAGUAACGUGUGCGUGAGAAGACGCAAACUAAAAAAAGAUAAAAUUUAUAUUUUAUUAUUCGAAAUCUCUUAUUGUGAAGACUGAGACUAAUUUAAGCGUAACAAAAUGAAUUUAAAGAAAAUUUUCAUUUUUAAGUAUACAUGUUGAAAUUGAAUGCGAGAGUUGCUUCGUACAGGUGCUGGCCGACAAAAUUUGGCGAGUUGCCUAACUUGUGAGUGUGAAAAGCUGAUAACUGUGUGGUGAGCUUGUGAUUGCUCUGGUGAAUUCCGAAAUUUGUUUUAGAAAACUCAGAACUACAACAUGAUUCACAGUUGUGCGAGCUUUUUAUUAAAAGCUUUUUUAGUGGAAGCUUUUCAAUGAAAGCUAUUAUAGUGAUUUUUUUUUUUUUUUUUGGUUUGGUAAAAGCUAUUUCAGUGAUUGUUUUUUAAUGAAAACUUUUUAAGAUUUAUUAGUGAACGUGUUUUAGCUAAAGCCUUUAACAAAAUUUUCUGUAUAUCCUUAAAUUUUUUCGCUUAAUUUUAAGAAGUAAACUUGUAUUUAUUGGAAUCAUUUUUGGUGAAUGUUUAACUUGAUGGCUUUUACCACUCAAAUUUUUGCGUUUAAAAGUUAGAUAUUUGUAUGCGCUUGUGACUUUCACUGUUAUUAUGUUGGGGCUUGAGCUUUCACGAAAUCAUUUCUGGUGAAAGUUGAAAUAAAAAAAGCUUGGACACCUCACAUUUCUCAUUAAAAAAGAGCUUUCUCUCAAUGAAACUUUUUCACUUUCACAAUUAUUAUAUCAUGCAUUGAGCUUUUAUGAGCGUUUUUUCGUCAAAAGAUCUGAGCUUUCACUUUUUCUGCUAUGAAAAUUUUCACUUGACUAUUAUAUAGAGUGUAUUGAGCUUUUCUUCUUGAACGCUUUUGCCUUACCCUUUUACUACACCGUGUAUCGUGUGCUUUUUCGAUGAAAGCUUCCACUUUACUUCAAAAACGCUACUGAAUUACACAAUUCUUAUAUUGCGUUUGCAUCUUUUGUGAGCUUUUUCGGUAAAAGUUCAGAGCCUUUAAUUUUUAUUAUUUUUUCUCACUCGCUAACGCAUUUAUCAGCAAAUUCGUUAUUGCGGCCUAAAAUUUUAUAUUUCAAUUCAACAAAUGUAACAUUUAAGACAAAAUGGUUGUGAACAGCAAUUCAGCAUUGUUAGAUAUUCUCUGAGCACAAGCAAGUUUUUCACGAUAAUUCACUCUCCUUCUCUUUCACGCACUCACUCUUUCUCAUAAACACAUUCAUCGCAAAACAAACAAGCUAGACAAUUAAGAGAUUAUUGACAUAGUUACUGUUAUAAUUUUAAGUUAAAUAAUCAGUUAGUUUAUAGUGAAAAGCGGAUAAUUGGAUUUCAUUAGUUUUAUAAUUUGAUUUAACGAAUUCGUAGUUUGUAUGUGAGAAACAAGGCGAUUGUGAAACCCACAAAUUAAUUUUAAGCAUAAUUUCAUUUGAAAACUAUUCCCAACUGCAUUGUAGUAAUUUAUUCUAAUUUUUUAAGCUGCUUAACUUUAAGUUACAAAAUAUAUUUAAUUAUUAUUUAUUGCUAGUGUUAAAUGAAUGUGUGCACGCACACAUGCACACACUCUCAGACAAAUUUGUAUUAUUAUAAAGCGAGAUAGCAAAUGAAGCGUCAAAAGACAAAGAAAGCGUUCUUCAAGCAACCGAGUAACUGCGUUUACGGCUUGUGAAAGCCGGACGACAGAGAAA